AUGAAGAACGUUAGUAAAGAUAAAGCAAUUGAGAUCUUGGGCAAGUUGGUUAGUUUCCUGAGGGAAAGUAUGAUUCAUAUCAUUUCUGUAGGCCCUAUGCCAAAUCACAUUGCAUUUAUCAUGGAUGGGAACCGGAGAUUGGCAGCGGAAAAUGCCAUGCUGGCCACUGCUCACAACUCCAAGCUAUUCUUGACCGUCUGUAUUGCCUGCACUUCCACCGAUGUGAUUGUACAUGCUGUUCAAGAAUCUUGCAGAGAAAAAGGGGGUGGAAUUAUUGUACUGAAUGAAAGUGGAGAACCUGAGGAAAAUGAGAAGAAUGACGGAGAGAGCUUCGUAGAAGUUACUGAUGUUGACAAGAACAUGUACAUGGCAACUGCACCUGAACCUGAUAUCCUAAUCCGUACCUCUGGUGAUACUCGAUUGAGCUACUUUCUUCUUGGCAGACUACAUGCACUUGUAUUUUCCUUCUGCCUUUUGGCCUGA